UGCCCGGCGCCCUUUCUCCCCCGAGCCUCUCCCGGGGAGCGGUGUCCGCUCGCUGCGUGCCGGUUGCCGACAUGCCGUUCAUUGAACUGGACACGAACCUGCCCGCCAGUAGCGUGCCCGCGGGGCUGGAGAAGCGGUUGUGCGCGGCCACCGCCUCCAUCCUGGACAAGCCCGAGGACCGAGUGAGUGUUACAGUGCGACCAGGCCUGGCCAUGGCAGUAGGCGGAUCCACAGAGCCCUGCGUCCAGCUACUGGUCUCCUCCAUUGGAGUGGUGGGCACCGCUGAGCAGAACCGCAACCACAGUGCCCGCUUCUUUGAGUUCCUCACCAAGGAGCUGGCCUUAGGCCAGGACCGGAUAGUUAUCCGCUUCUUCCCCUUGGAGCCCUGGCAGAUUGGAAAGAAAGGGACAGUCAUGACGUUUCUGUGAGUGGCACGAAGCAUCUAGGAGCCUGCGGCUCUUUCCAGAAGCCUUCUGGCAGAGUCAUGGCCUGGUAGAUGCCAGCUCCAGGUACCCCUUCCACAGACACAUGAUGUCGCUUCACCUCACGGUUGUCCUCUUCCCUGGCCUCAUGUCAAAUAAACGUUGAGAACAUCACCUCA